CCGGAAUUACUGCCCGUGAAUCUGCGCAUGCUCAGUAAUUGUCAUUGGCGAUAACACUCUUCUGCGUGUGGUGAACUGUGGCUUUACUACUACCAACAUGAAGACUUGAGUGUGGACUCCGAGUUGUUGAGAAAUCAUGAGCCUUUUCUCUACUCUGUGGAAUUUCUAAGUUGGCAGUUAGUGUUUGCUCAGCUAAAGCUAGCUCAGUUCUUGUUCAUAUUGUUGUUGUUUACCGCCCAAGUGCCUGAAGAAAUGCAGAGAAUCAGGUCAUUGAGAACUGGUUGGCAGCUUCUGAAGUCAAGCUGUGAGGGAGCCGCAAAACAAGUUCAUAUCCCACUGGGAACCUCACGAAGUUAUAAUGUAAGUGGAUCCUUUAUUCAAACUUAAUGUGAGUUUAAGAGCUGAUCCAUAGAGACAGCGGCAGAAAUGCAUGUUUGUUUUUUGACAUUUGGUUGUAGCGGUUGUUUUAUUUAAGGAGUAUAAAAAGAGUCACAUAGUGGGACUUACUCAUUAAAUGCCACACUGAAGGAUUUCUCAGCACACAUAAGUUGAAUGUCAUUUAUGAGUGUUCACUACAAAUUUACAGCUCCAGUUAUUACCGUGUAGUUUAUCCAGAUCAUUCAGCAGUGCUCUAAUACAACUGGUGUGUCCCUUAUAUAUUGACCAUAAGAGUCUCAGCCAGCUCUUUCAUUUCAUUUUAAGAGAUUAUGUCAAGCCUGUAUUACAACAGCAAGUUAAUGAACAAUCCCAUGUUUUCAUGCUGCACAUACCACCUUUCUCUUGCCCAGCGCCCCCCUCAGGUCCCCAACUCCUUUGGGCUCCUCUUUGACAUAGAUGGAGUCCUGGUCCGGGGCAGGACACCGAUCCCAGCGGCCAAGCAGUGCUUCAGGAACCUGGUGGACCGCAAUGGGAAAUACAAGGUGCCUGUGGUGUUUGUCACUAAUGCUGGGAACUGCAUGAGGCAGACCAAAGCUGAGCAUCUGUCACAUCUGCUGGAUGUGGAGGUAAACUGAAAAGUACCUUAAAUGCCAUUUUGAAUCUCACCAGGUUACCCUUUUUUGUAUUAUUAUUGAUCAAUUUGUGUGUGUGUGUGUGUUCUCUGUUUCUUCUUAGGUGUCUCCAGACCAGGUCAUGUUAUCCCAUAGUCCUUUGCGCAUGUUUACCCAGUUCCACAAAAUGCGCGUGCUGGUGUCAGGACAGGGUCCUGUGGAGGAAGUGGCUCACAAGUAUCCUUUCGUAAAUUCAGUGACUUAAGUUACCUUGCUCACUCUGGAAGCAUUCAUGCUCUAUCUACUCAGUGUAGAUCUGUUUGUUUUCCGCUUUAUCAGUAUUCAACCUUUGAACUCCUACCUCCCUUUUGCUGUCUGGCACUCUCACAGACAGCUAUUCAAUUUUUUUGCACAUUUUCUUUGUUCUGAUAGAUAGAUAGUUUAUUAUAUUAGUCGGAUACUGAAGCCUCGGAUUUUUACAAGCAAAGGUUUUUCUUAAGAUCAAGUGAUGAACACAAUAACAAUGUCAAGAAUUAAGCUAUUUAUACAGGUGAAAUAUUUCGUAGAAGCCCAAUGCUGCAUUGUCAACAAAUUGUCAAGAUUUGAGUAGACAUACUAAAUUUAUGAUAUUGUAGUAUUUCUUUUCCUUGUGUUUUAUACCACCAAUUUUGUUUACUUUAACCUACCAAACUCCAGCCUGGGUUUUCAGGACGUUGUUACAAUAGACAUGCUCAGAGAAGCAUAUCCUCUUCUAGAUGUCGUAGAUCACAACAGACGACCCAAAGACAGUGUAAGUAGCUUUAAUAAUGAAGUUCACAAGUUUAUGUUCAGUCAUAGGUGAGUUAGACCUCUUACCAGUUGUGAAUUUUCUUACAGAUUCCCCCUACCAAAGGCUUACCACCGAUAGAUGGUAUGUUUCCACUCUGUUGCACUUUGUUGCACGUAGAGUUCAGUGAUCUAUACGAAACCAUUGUAGCUAUUUUUAAAUCACCUGUGUGUUUCUACAGCUGUUAUUUUAUUUGGUGAGCCAAUCAGAUGGGAGACCAACCUCCAGCUGAUAGUUGAUGUGCUCCUGACUAGUGGGAACCCUGACAAUAAUUGGAGUGCAAUGCGAUACCCACACAUCCCUGUUCUGGCCUGUAACAUGGAUCUGCUGUGGAUGGCAGAGGCCAAGAAUCCCAGGUAGAGUUACGGUAAAGUUAAUGCAUCAGAAUGUACACAAAAGGCUGAAAGUUUAUUACAAAACUGAAUGUCCUUAUCCUGCAGGUUUGGUCAUGGUAUGUUUUUGGUGUGCUUGGAGAGUCUCUACAAAAAAAUAACAGGUAAUGAUCUGAAGUAUGAGGCUCUGAUUGGUAAACCCAGCGUGGUGACUUAUAAUUACGCUGAGCUGCUGAUCAGACAGCAGGCUGAGGGUCUGGGCUGGACUACGCCUGUGAAGAGACUGUAUGCUAUAGGGUGAGUGACUCCCAUUAGACACUUGAAAAUUAAACUUUGCCUUCCACAAGUGUUCACUCCACUUUUCCAUGUUUUCAUGUUAACACUGAAAAUUUACACAGAUUUUAUGUAGGCUGAAUGUGGUGUACCAACACAAUAUUGUCCUUUUCUGGAAGUCGGGGAGGGAUGUAACAUCUGGUAUUCAAAGUUUUCUACAAAUAAAACAUGGAAAACUUGAACUAACACCAGGUGUACAUAUUUGAUCUGAUUUUGAAUGUCAAUCCAAUGUCUGAUUUUCAGAGUUGAACAUUUAAAAACGUCGAUCAGUCCAAGGUGGGAGUGAAUAUUUAUGGAAGGCACCUUUGUCUUUCAUAAAAGCUUUAAUUUAAUUCAGCAGCACCUUGAAUGUCUACUUUCGUUUCACAGUGAUAACCCCAUGGCUGACAUAUACGGCGCAAACCUCUACAACCACUACCUCCAGACUUCUCAUCGCGCCAAGGCCCAGAUGCAGGCCAAGGCUGGGGGAGCAGAAACUGUUGAUGACGCCCUUAAAAUGACUUCAGCAGAACUAGGUGGAGCGUCAAAUGUGUAUGGUACAGAGGAAGACCUCCCAGAGGGGUGCAGCUCCAUCCUGGUAUGCACAGGAGUGUACAGCAGAGACCAGCAGGAGCUCCCCCAAGACCCAGAACACACAGUCACAGAGCAGCGCAUCUUCCAUGGCCACAGGGACUUCCGCUUUGACCCUAAUCUCACUCAGCCAUCCUUUGUGGUCCAGGAUGUGAAGGAAGCUGUAGAGCUGGUUUUUGAGCAAGAAGGCUGGCCUCUGGAUUAAGAUGAGUGUUGUGGGUCUGGCUUAAAUUCACAGUUUAGUCAUAGCCCCAGUAGAUCUGAACAAGUCGUGCCAGUGUUGUUUUUCAUCUGGUUAUCAUAGAGAAGGUGUAGCUGUUACUGCGGCCAGUUUGAAGAGGUUUUAUAAGGUGCCAUAGAAGGUAAAAGCAGACAAAUGCAGCUUUAACACUAUAAAAAAAAAGUUUCACAUAUUUUACAUUGUUCAUGCAUGUGUGCGUUUUAUUUUCUUUGUCCUCUCUUGCCUUUGUUUGUCUGUCAAUGCACAGUUAAGAACCAAGUCUGUGUUUACAUGCAGGAAUUUUUCACUGGGGUUCAAACCAUGUGUACGUUCAUAGAUGGAUGAUGGUCAAUACAAAGUUUUAACAGAGUUACAUCUUCAGUGGGCUGACUCUCAAAUGGAGCCAUACACUACCUACUUUGGCAUCCCCACAGGUCUUAUCGUAACUAGUUCAGCUAUUUGUUUUUACCGCUGUUAUUUGAGCUUUUUGUGUUUAAGCAAGGAUGUGUGUGUAAUAUACACUGACCAGCCAUAAUAUUGUGAACUCUUGGGCAACAGAGCUGCCAUAAAACCUAUUUUAUAAAGCCUCUUCAUUUUCAGUUUUCAUUGAGAUGGUCAGACAGGUGAGAGUUGGUUUGUGGUGGCACAUUAGAGUGCAACAAAUGCCAAUUUACCACCAUCACCCACUACAGCCUAAGUAAUAAAUAUGUAAAACAAUCACCUGUCUGAUCAUGUCAUCAAAAACUAAAAAUGUAAAAGCUUCCUGAAAGCAGAAUUUGUGGUAAAGCUGUUGUAUUGGAUUGCAUUACUUUGCUAUGGUGUUUAUAAUGUGGCUGGUCAUUGAAGGUUGCCUGGUUUAACUUCAUUACCUCUUAAAUUAGUAUUUUUACUUUAAUCAAGAGUAGUUGUUGUAGUAUUAUUUUUUGAAAUUGAAAGAAAAUUAAAGCAUUGAAGUUUCAACAGAAAUUAAAUAGAUGCUAUUUUUUUACAAUAAGGAGCUUUAGGUAUUGAAAUCUUUUAAUGGUAAUGUCUGUAAAUGGGAGAAGAAUGGAAUAACAGUCAUAGCACAAGUGUAAGUUGAAAAAGGUGUUAGUUUGUUGUGUUUAACAAUGUCCAAAAAGCAGGUGACUUAAAAUACAGGUUUAUUUGGUUGUACUCUGUUAAUGCACUGCACUGUGAUAGCCAUAAGGAGGAAUAUUAAAACAAAUGACAGAAACAAGUUGUUGCCAGUCGAAUGAAACACUGUAUGCUUGAGUGCUGAUGUGUUUGAAAAGCAACUAUCUGAAAAUCUGUCACUGACCCCAACUGAAUAAAUAUUAAAAGUCAACAAAAGAGGUACAAAACUGA